CUCAGCCGUGUGGGGGUCGCCUGAACUCCAAGGAUGCCGGGUACAUCACCUCCCCAGGGUACCCCAAUGACUACCCCCCCCACCAGAACUGUGUGUGGGUCAUCUACGCCCCUGAAUCUAACCAGAAGAUUAUCCUCAACUUCAACCCUCACUUUGAAAUUGAAAAGCAUGACUGCAAGUAUGACUACAUUGAGAUCCGAGACGGGGACAGUGAAGCAGCAGACCUGCUGGGCAAGCACUGUGGGAACAUAGCACCUCCUACCAUCAUCUCUUCUGGCCCCUCUCUCUAUAUCAAGUUCACCUCGGACUACGCACGGCAAGGCGCCGGCUUCUCACUGCGCUACGAGAUCUACAAGACAGGCUCUGAGGACUGUUCCAGAAACUUCACAGCCUCCAAUGGCACUAUUGAGUCUCCAGGUUUCCCUGACAAGUAUCCACACAACCUGGACUGUGUCUUCACCAUCAUAGCCAAGCCAAAGACAGAAAUCCUCCUUCACUUUCUGCUCUUCGACCUCGAGCACGACCCGCUACAGGCGGGGGAAGGAGACUGCAAGUAUGACUGGCUGGACAUCUGGGACGGCAUCCCUCAGGUUGGCCCCUUGAUAGGCAGGUACUGUGGCACGAAGAUGCCUUCGGACAUCCGCUCAACCACCGGCGUCCUCUCGCUCACCUUCCACACAGACCUGGCGGUAGCUAAAGACGGUUUCUCUGCUCAGUACUACUUGAUCCAGCGGGAAGUCCCAGAAAACUUCCAGUGCAACGUGCCGCUGGGGAUGGAGUCUGGCAGGAUCUCCAACAUGCAGAUCAGUGCCUCCUCCACCUACUCAGAUGGGCGAUGGACCCCCCAGCAGAGCCGGCUCAACAGUGACGACAACGGCUGGACCCCCAAUGUGGACAGCAACAAAGAGUACCUCCAGGUGGACCUCCACUUCCUGACUGUGCUCACAGCCAUUGCCACACAGGGUGCCAUCUCCAGGGAAACCCAGAAUGGCUACUAUGUCCGGACCUACAAGCUGGAGGUCAGCACCAAUGGGGAGGACUGGAUGAUGUACCGACAUGGGAAAAACCACAAGACAUUCCAGGCCAACGAGGAUGCCACGGAGGUGGUUCUCAACAAGAUCCACAGCCCAGUGCUCACGCGUUUUGUGCGCAUCCGUCCCCAGAGCUGGCACAACGGCAUCGCCCUGAGGCUGGAGCUCUAUGGCUGCCGCAUCACUGAUUCGCCCUGCUCCAGCUUGCUGGGAAUGCUUUCUGGCCUCAUCCCUGACUCGCAGAUCUCAGCCUCUUCCAUCAGAGGCUACGACUGGUCUCCCAGCAUGGCCCGCCUGGUGAGCAGCCGCUCAGGCUGGUUUCCCCGCAUCCCCCAAGCCCAGCCUGGGGAGGAGUGGCUGCAGGUGGACCUUGGCAUCCCAAAGAAUAUCAAAGGCGUCAUUAUCCAGGGGGCUCGCGGAGGGGACAGCGUGACCACCACUGAGUCCCGCUCUUUUGUGAAGAAGUUUAAGGUGGCCUACAGCAUGAAUGGGAAGGAUUGGGACUUCAUCCAGGACCCCAAAACAAUGCAAGCCAAGCUUUUUGAAGGCAACAUCCACUACGAUAUCCCUGAAGUCCGGAGGUUUGACCCUGUUCCUGCCCAGUAUAUCAGAGUUCAUCCGGAGAGGUGGUCCCCAGCGGGAAUAGGAAUGCGUCUGGAGGUGCUGGGCUGCGACUGGACAGAUGUAAAGCCCACGGCAGAGACGCUGGUGCCCACUUUGAAGAGCGAAGAGACCACCACCCCAUACCCAACUGACGAAGAGGCAACCGAGUGUGGUGACAGCUGUGGAGAAGAGGAGGAUUUCCAUCUCCCUGCGAACUUCAACUGCAACUUUGAUCUCCCUGAAGACCUCUGUGGUUGGUCACAUGACUUGGCAACAGGUCAUACAUGGACUUUUCAGCCUACAAGCACCUGGAUUGGCAACUCUGAACCGAGCCCUGAGACUGUGCCGG